AUAUACUAUCUUACUAUACUAAAAAAAUCAAUGAAAAAACUGAAAUCACUGAAUUACAACCCGGAAGUAAAUUAUAUAUCCAAAUACAAAAUGAUGAUAGAUUAGGAUCUUGGCAUAUCAAAGAAUUAAAAGAUAUUAUUAAAAAAAGAGGAAAUAUAUUAAUUGAAAAUUUUAAAACAGUGAUAAUAAAUGAAAAAGAUCAUGAAAAAAUAAAUAGAUAUAUCGAAACGUUAAAAAAGGUUAAUGUAUUUUUCUUGGAAAAUAAAGAUGAAUUUAAAAAAGAACUUGAUAUAUUACAUUCAAAAUUAAAAAUAAUAAAUGAUUCUAAAAUAAAUCCAAAUAUCCUAAAUAAUAAUAUUUCCAUCAUUUUCAAAAAAAGAAAAAAAAAUUAUAUUAAGUUAAAACCUAUACACAUUUCAUUUAUUUUACCUAUCAAAAAAUCUAUAGAAUUCAUUUUAAAAAGAUAUAAUAAAAUCAUAGAUUCAAAUAACGAAACAUCAACUAAACAUCUUUAUAAAAUAAUUUCGGAAAAUCUCAAACAUUACAAAGAAAGUUUUUAUAUCAAACCUUGGAAAUCUGUCAUCUAUAAUGAGAAUAUUAAAUCGAAAUCUUAUGAUUGCGUAAAUUACGAUACCCAUAAUAAAAUCAUUGAAGAUUGUAAAAUCGGAAAUAUAUCAAAUUACAUUCAUUCUGAAACAAAAAAUAACUUUGAUGGACUAUUUAAUAUCAUAUGGGAUGAUCUUUUAAAAAAAUACAAUUUGAUGACAAGACCGGAAUAUCUCAAUGCAUUUAAUGAAUAUAGUGAUUAUGUGGAUACACAAAACAUGAAUAAAGAUUCAUACAUAUUUGAAAUGUCAUAUGAUCGAUUUAAAUAUUUAUUAGAAAAUGAUAAAAAAAAUAUCAUAGAUUAUUGUGAAUCGGGAAAAUAUGAAAAAAUCAUCAAUAAAAAUAAUUCAUUAAAAAAAUAUACUAUUGAAUUACAUAAAAUACGAAAUGAUAUAUGUAAAGAAAUGUUAAUAUCUUUACCUCUAAAAGAAAAAUUUUUCAAAAAUAUUAUGAAUGACGAUACAAUAGAUUUAUCAAUGUAUAAAGGAUUCAUCUACAGUUCAUUAAGAAAUAAAGACGUAGUAUAUGAAUUAGAGGAUGAAACAGUUAUUAACCUAGAAAAAAAAAGAUUGAAAUUUUUAGAAGAAUCUUCAACAAUAAACUGGUUUAAAUGGUGGAGAUUUUUAUUGGAUAAUCCCGAUAACCUAAACAUUGUCGAUAAAUAUUGGUUAUUCAAUUCAGUUAAUGAAAUGAAUGGAAAAACAAAAGAUACUUCUUUUUACAAAAAAAUAGGUUAUACAUACGUCAAUGGUUUAAAAAAAUGCAAUCAAGAACAUGAAGAUGUAUGCACAAGUGAAAUCUUAAAAUCGAUCGAAUCUGAAAUCGAUUGUUCAUCAUUAACUACAAAUGGAUUAUAUAACUCAUUACUUAGCAAUGAAUAUUUCAACAAACUGAUUAAAUUUAAUAUCGAUGAAAUAAAUGAAAUACGAGUAAAUUUAGAAAAACGAAAAAAUCAAUUAAAAGAUUACUGUGAAGUCGAAUUCUUGAUAGAUGAAUUUUCAACAAAUAACAGAUUUGAAAAUUUCAUGGGAAAUAGUGUUUACGAACCUUUUUUUUGGAAUUCUAACUCCUAUUCAUUUUCAAACGAUGAAAAAAAAAUCAUUAAAGAUUCUAAUAUAUUUUCUAAAAGAUUAAAAGAUAAAAGAAAAAUACAUGAAAAAUAUAUCGAAGAUGAUGGUCCUAUCAAAUCUUUAAUCCAAAAAGUAAACAUACCAGAAUACAAUAAAAAAAUUCUCGAAAAUCGAAGAUUAGAAAUAUUACACGAUGAUUUAAGAGAUAAUAGAAUACUAUCGACUGAACAAAAAGAAAACAUCUCAACAUUGAUUCAAAAUAAAUUAUCUGAUAUAUCUCAAGCCACAAAACCAUCUAUAGACUUAUUUGAUGAACUGAAAAAAGAAAUAGAAGAUAUCGAUAAAGAUAAUGCAGACAAAUUACUGGAUAACGAAAAUCUUGAUAAAAAAAUAGAUAAUUCAAACUUACCAAAUGAUGAUAUUGAUGAAUUACAAGAAAAAAGAAGAGAAAAACUAUUAAAUUUCAGAAACAAACUACAAGAUAAAAUUCUUAGAAGAAGAGAAAAUCUUUUUCCUAUCACCCCACCUAUUGAUGAAAAUCUUAUAUUUCACGAAAUAAGAAAUUUAAUUACUGAUGUUGAUACAAAUGUGAUAUCUGAAGUUAAGAAUCUACUUGACAAUGAAAACAUUGACAAAAGAAUCAAAAAUUCUAAAAUAUCUUAUAAUUUAAUCAAUGAAUUACAAACAUUAAGAAGAAAUAAAUUAGAUGAAUCUAGACAAAAAUCAUUUAAUGAAUUAAACAAAGAAAUAGACAGAAGUAAAAAAGAAGAUUUAGAUAAAAUAGAUACUUUGAUAAAUAAUAAUGAAAUCUUGUUAAAUAAGGAAAAACAAACAUUAGUAGAUAGAAUAACUAAAAUAAGAGAAAAAAUAAAUGGAUAUGAAACAGAAAUAAAAGAUUCAGAAAUGAUUAAUGAAGUUGAUAAUGUAUUUAAUAAAUUAUCUACAGAUAAAACAUUACCAAGUGAAGUAAAACAUGGAUUCAUCAAAAUACAAGAAGACAGGAAAACUGAAAUAUUACAAAAAGAAAAUAAUGAAAAAUAUGAUAUCAUUAAAGAUGAUAUUGAUAGAUUCUUAACUCCUGAAACUUUGGAUAAAUAUAUUUGGAUGAAAAAUAUCUUGCUUCUGGAAACACAAAGGCAAAACUACACAAACUUAGAAAUGAUAGAAUGA